UGAAAAUUCUAUAAUCCUUGGCGGUCCCAGCAAGAAGCUUCUUGCCCACAUUGACUUGGACGAUGCAAACAACUGCACAGCUGCAGCUAACUUCAACUUCAAUUGCAAUUCGUCUUCUCCACCUCUAAUCAAACACCUUCCCUCCAUAAUUUGAAACAAACAACUCAAUAGAAUUUCUCUCUUUGGCUUUUGAGACGCUUCAUCAUGAGCUUUCAAGAUCUUGAGGCUGGAAGGCCUUUCCUUCAAAAGAAGCCAAAAGAAAAAGACCCUUCUCAAGCUGUGGCCGCUGGGAUUUUCCAAAUCAAUACCGCCGUUCACUCCUUCAACCGCUUCGUCAGUUCCCUUGGAACUCCCAAAGAUACCAUCGAAUCGCGUGAGAAAUUGCACAAGACAAGACAACGUAUUGGAGAACUGGUGAAAGAAACUUCUGCUAAGCUUAAGGAAGCCAGUGAAACUGAUCAAUAUGAAGAAGUUAGCCCUGCUAAAAAGAUUAGAGAUGCUAAGCUUGCAAAAGAGUUUAGGAAUGCUCUUAACGAAUUUCAGAAGUCCCAAAGGCUUGCAGCUGAGAGGGAAACUAUGUAUGCUCCUUUUGUUCCUAAAGUUCUUCCACCCAGCUAUGGUGCCCAUGAGAUUGAUCAAAGUUCAUCAAAGAGUUCUGAGCAGCAAUCUCUUAUUCUGGAAUCUAGAAGACAGGAGAUUGUAUUGUUGGACGAUGAGAUUGCAUUUAAUGAAGCUCUUAUUGAAGAACGAGAGCAAGGGAUUAAAGAAAUUCAGCAUCAGAUUAGUGAAGUAAAUGAGAUAUUCAAGGAUCUAGCUGUCUUGGUACAUGAGCAAGGAGUUAUGAUUGAUGAAAUUGAUUCGAACAUUCAGAAUUCUCAUGCUGCAACCACACAAGCUACUUCCGAACUUGCAAAAGCUUCCAAGCUGCAAAAAUCUAAUUCAUCAAUGUUGUGUUUGCUCAUUGUCAUUUUUGGGAUCAUUCUGCUCAUUGUCGUCAUAGUUAUUGUGGCCUAAGCAGCUAAUUUUGUUCUCAUCGUCUGAGCUUGAUGUGAAAGAUGGGGUAUCCUGUAUCCUAAGUGGUAUUAUUUUUCACCAGCCAGAUUGGUUCAAGGUGGGAUGACUUUACCUUAACCUCAUAGCAGAGAUAGCAGUCCACCAUUCUGGACUAGACACAGGUGGUCACUAAUGUACAGUUGUUUUUUUUUUUCUUUUUUUCUUUUUUCAGUUGGAGAAGGGUUGAAUUCCUCUAUGUUGUUGACUCUCAAUCUCUUAUUACUGGUGAUUAUGAUCACUGACAAUAAGGAAAAAUUAUCUGCCAUUCACAUUUCCUAAAAUGAUUGGUCAUGUUCUGUUGUCGCACCCAAAUAUCAUUAAAAAUUUUCUUCUCCCUUACAACUCAAA